CAGCUCUGCUGUAAUAGCAGGAAUCACAAACAGACCAAAAUGGCUCAAGCUCUAGUUCUACUAGUGUCGUUGCUGUUCUUCAGUAAUGUGGCUCACUGUAACUUCUCUCCCACACUUAUUGUGGACAUGGCAAAAAUAUUCAUGGACAACUACUGCUCGCCAGAAAAACUCACCGGGAUGGAAGAAGCUAUAGAUGCUGCAAGCAGUAACACAGAGAUCCUCAGUAUUUCAGAUCCUGCAAUGCUUGCCAAUGUUCUGACUGAUGGGGUUAAAAAAACAAUCAGCGAUUCCAGAGUGAAAGUCACAUACGAGCCAGAUUUGAUUCUUGCGGCACCUCCAGCCAUGCCCGACAUCCCUCUGGAGCAUCUGGCCGCAAUGAUCAAAGGCACAGUCAAAGUGGAGAUUCUUGAAGGCAACAUUGGCUACCUGAAGAUUCAGCACAUCAUUGGGGAGGAGAUGGCUCAGAAAGUGGGACCUCUUUUGCUGGAGUACAUCUGGGAUAAAAUUCUCCCGACCUCUGCCAUGAUUCUGGACUUCCGCAGUACAGUCACCGGUGAGCUGUCUGGAAUCCCAUACAUUGUGUCCUACUUCACUGAUCCUGAGCCUCUGAUCCAUAUCGAUUCUGUGUACGAUCGCACUGCUGAUCUCACUAUUGAGCUGUGGUCAAUGCCAACCUUGUUGGGAAAGAGGUACGGCACCUCCAAACCAUUGAUCAUCCUAACAAGCAAGGACACUCUUGGGAUCGCAGAAGAUGUUGCGUAUUGCCUUAAAAACCUUAAAAGGGCUACCAUCGUUGGGGAAAACACUGCAGGGGGAACUGUGAAAAUGAACAAAAUGAAGGUAGGCGAUACUGACUUCUAUGUGACUGUGCCUGUUGCCAAGUCUAUCAACCCCAUCACUGGUAAAAGCUGGGAAAUCAAUGGAGUUGCUCCAGAUGUUGACGUCGCUGCAGAAGAUGCCCUUGACGCUGCAAUUGCAAUCAUUAAACUUCGGUCAGAAAUUCCAGCAUUGACUCAGGCAGCUGCCACGCUGAUUGCAGACAACUAUGCAUUUCCAAGCAUCGGGGAAUAUGUCGCUGAGAAGCUGGAAGCUGUUGUGGCCAGUGGAGAAUACAACCUGAUCUCUACGAAAGAAGACUUGGAGGAAAAACUUUCUGAGGAUCUCCUAAAACUGUCAGAGGAUAAGUGUCUGAGGACCACCAGCAAUAUCCCUGCACUUCCUCCAAUGAAUCCCACACCUGAGAUGUUCAUUGCGCUAAUCAAAAGUUCCUUCCAAACUGAUGUUUUUGAAAACAACAUUGGCUACCUUCGCUUUGACAUGUUUGGAGAUUUUGAGCAUGUUGCGACCAUUGCUCAGAUCAUAGUGGAACAUGUCUGGAACAAAGUGGUUGACACUGACGCGCUGAUUAUUGAUCUGAGAAAUAAUAUUGGUGGGCAUGCCUCCUCCAUUGCUGGCUUUUGCUCCUACUUCUUUGAUGCUGAGAAGCAGAUUGUUUUAGACCACAUCUACGACAGACCCUCCAAUACCACACGAGAUCUUCUGACCCUCGAACAACUUACAGGCAGGAGAUAUGGCAGCAAAAAAAGUGUGGUAAUCCUCACCAGUGGUGUGACCGCCGGUGCCGCUGAAGAGUUUGUUUUUAUCAUGAAGAGGUUGGGACGUGCAAUGAUUAUUGGCGAGACGACCCAUGGAGGCUGUCAACCUCCAGAAACCUUCGGUGUGGGCGAAAGCGACAUUUUCCUUUCUAUUCCAAUCAGCCAUUCAGACACUGCUCAGGGUCCGUCUUGGGAGGGUGCAGGCAUUGCUCCUCAUAUCCCAGUGCCCGCUGGUGCCGCCCUCGACACAGCAAAGGGCAUGCUCAACAAGCAUUUUUCCGGCCAAAAAUAA